ACAUUACCGAAUAUUCACCACUCCCUACCUACUACUAGCAUAACAAGACAUGUAUCAAAUUGGUUACGUUUCUUUUACAAACGAAAAUAUUUUUAAACAUAUCAAGGUGUAUAAAAUAUAAAAUUACGAAACACAAGAUUCGUCUUGUAACGCGACGGGCCGACUUUAUGUUUUUUAUUCUCUCAGAAUAGAGAUCCUUGUGAUGCUUUGUAGAGCCAUAUAUAUAUACAUGUAUUCAGAUCUGCAAGUAUUAUUCAUUCUCUCUAAACAAAAGUAAAUCUCAAUUAAAAGGUGGAUUAUUAUUUUCUUCCUUUAUCACCGCCAAUGAUUAAGAAGCUAAGCAACAUGGAUUACAAGCAGAAACAAGAGAGAUGUGGGCAAUACAUCGAAGCUCUUGAAGAAGAACGACGCAAGAUUCAUGUCUUCCAACGUGAACUCCCUCUUUGCUUAGACCUCGUAACCCAAGCAAUUGAGGCAUGCAAGAGGGAGUUGCCGGGUACGGCCACAGAGAAUAUGUACGGACAAUCAGAGUGCUCGGAGCAGACGACCGGGGAAUGUACACCUGUCUUGGAGCAAUUUCUAACCAUUAAAGACUCAUCAACCUCCAAUGAAGAAGAAGAAUUAGACGAUGAGCACGGAAAUCAUGAUCCAGACAAUGAUUAUGAGGACAAGAACAUGAAAUCUGAUUGGCUUAAAUCUGUUCAGCUCUGGAACCAACCUGACCCUCUUCUCCCAAAAGAGGAAGGAACGCAAGAGAAGAUGGUGGACACGGUGGUGAAGAAAGAUGAAAGUAUGAAGAAAGAAGCGAUGGCUAACGGUGGAGAAAGAAGGAAGAGAGAGGCGGAGAAAGAUGGAGGAAGAAAGCAGCGAAGGUGUUGGUCGUCGCAGUUGCAUAGACGCUUCUUAAACGCUCUUCAACACUUAGGUGGACCUCAUGUUGCUACGCCGAAGCAAAUCAAGGAGUUAAUGAAGAUUGAUGGAUUAACUAAUGAUGAAGUCAAAAGCCAUUUACAGAAAUAUAGACUGCAUACAAGAAGACCAAGCCAAACAGUCUCUAACAACGGAAACUCUCAAGCGCAACAUCUCGUAGUCGUCGAGGGCAUAUGGGUUCCAAAAUCUGACCACUCUACAGGCAGGAUCACCGGAGGAGCCACCACUAGUGGCACCACCACCAGGUCCACCACCGGGAUAUAUGGAGCAAUGGCCGCACCACCACUGCCACAGUGGCCGAGCCCUUCCAAUUUUAGACCGUCCAUUAUCGUGGAAGAAAAAGGAUCGGGAAGCCCUAGCGAAGAGGUGGUGUUCCGAUGUAGCUCGCCAGCGAUGUCUUCUUCUACCCGCAACCAUUACGUCAAGAAUAUUUAGUUUUUUUUUCUUUAUAUUUUCUAUACUAUUUUGGUUUCUUCGAGUUAGAAUUUGACACCGUGAGGAUCAAGAGUGUAUAGAGGUUUGCACCGAAAGCAAUACUAUAUGUUUUACUCAGGAAUAGUGCCAUUUUAACUUUCUAGUUGAUUUGAAUCUUUCUUGUUCGUUUCUUUUUCCAAUUUUGUUGACUUGUUAUAUUUUUAUUUCCAUUAAACUUUACACAGUUUGAUAAAUAUGUGGAAUCGAAAUUGCAGGGAUUUGUUUUGUUGUGUUGUUGUUAUUACCAAAAUUUCAGUAUGGCGUGUUAAUGGCCAUGUUUCUGUUAAAUAUUAUUGUGGCUGCUGCUUGUUUUCGUUAACGCAAAAUUUACGGCACUAAUUAAUAUUUUGUAUAGUAUAUAUGUAUAACAAAUGUAUGUAUACAGCUAGUAUGAACAUGGCGGCAGAGUCGAGAGCAAAGGGAUCUUAACAGGAUAUACUAAGUUUUUGUCGACCAUAUUAUAUAAAGAUGCACACAACCACACAACCACAUGACAACAAAAUUGAUUUUAUUAUGAUAACAAAAAAAGACCCGGACCUUAUUGACUUGGUUGCAUUCAAGGGACGAAUAUGCUCGGACCCGAAAUGUAUAACUUACUAUAACUAUAAUUUUAAACUAUUUUUAAUUUUUUGAAAAUUUGAUUCUCACGUUGUUGAAUAUUAUUACAAAUAUGCACGAUAGCUACAAUGUCCUUGUCUUAGAGUAUAUUCUCUGCUUCUGGUUGGGCGAAGACUUUUAUUCAUUGAAUAGAUAUGGUUAGGUCACUUAAUAUAUUUGCCUAUUUGGAAAGUAUCUCUCAGAAUCUUGAAUUAAUCUAAAGAUUCUUUUAAUAAAUUGUUUAUCAGCCGUACCGGUGCCAUGUGGCCUUCUAAAAAACUUAUGUAUCAGAUUAUUGAUCCGAAAAAUAUAUAAAGUGUAACAAUAUAACUUUUUAAUAAAUAUCUACUAAAAACAGUAUUCUCUUUUUAUGCUCUAUGCUUUUUUCCUUACGUUUAUAUUUGGAUUUGUUUGAAUUUACAUGAAAUAUUUAUAUAUUUCCAUUUUGAAUGCAGGUAUUUUUUUAAUUCAUGCAGAAUGUCAAUAAUAUGGUUU